UUUGAGGCUGGUUUUCCUUCUGACAUCUUACACCUCAAUGACCCCAAGUGCAGAGGAACAGUCCGGAAUGGCAGAGUGGAGUUCUAUUUUGACAACAAUGACCACAUCUGUGGGACAAGUCUUGUGGCCAAUGGCACCCACUUCAUCUAUGAGAACUUUAUUGUGGGAGAGCCAGACACAGUUGGACAUCUCAUCAGCAGGAAGAGAAUUCUGAAGCUUUUUUUCAGCUGUGUGUACUUACAAACCCAAACACUCUCCAUGGACAUCAACCCUCUGGAGAGCGUUCUGCACAGGAUCCUUCCUGCUGGUCAAGGGACAUAUCAGGUCAGGAUGAUUCCCUAUCAGGAUGCUGAAUUCACCCAUCCCUUCACUGGUAGUGUGAACGCGGAGCUGGACAGCCGUAUUUUUGUGGAAGUUCGUGUUGAUGGAGUUGACAGCCGUCAGUUUGCCUCAGUGAUUGACAAAUGUUGGGCUACACCUGUGAAUGAUCCUCAUUACUCUGUCCGCUGGGACCUCAUCGUUGACAAUGGACCCACAUCCAGUCGUUUCUCCUUUGAGAUGUUUAUCUUCACUGCAAACUCCACAAAGGUUUACCUGCACUGCGCUAUUCACCUUUGCCUUCAGACAGACAAUCACUGCUCAGUGCACUGUGACUCUGAACACCACCAUAGAGAGGGCAGAUCUGUGGACUUCCAUGACAGUGCUUCCAUAUCUAUGGGUCCAUUGAUGUGGUCUGACAGUAACAAAGAUACACAGGUGCCACGCCAAGUGCAAGUAUCCAAGGCUCCAUGGCUGUGUGGUUCUCUGACUAUAUCACUUAUUUCUCUAAAGAGUGUCCUGAUAUUCUUCUAG